AUGGCGGCGCCCGAAGGCACUAUGAGCAAUUUGGAAAGCAGUAGCAGCAGUAGCGAUGUGGAGGAGCUGGCGUGGUGCCGCGAGGCAGCAAUGCCGGCCUGGGACUUGGAGCAACGGCCGUACGCGGCAGUGAAGCCAAGAGCCAGUGCUGCAAAUAACCAGUUGUCAACCUCCCAACCGAGCCUCAGGCCUAAGGUGGAUGAGCAUGAACAAGAUGGCAACGAGCUUCAGACCACCCCUGAAUUCUGAGCCCACGUAGCCAAGAAGCUGGGAGCCCUGCCGAUCAGCUUCAUUACCAUCUCAGAAGUAGCAAAGAGGUCAACAAAAGCUCAGGUACAGAAAGUCGCUUCAGAGGAUGAUGGUUUUCGCCUUUUCUUCACGUCUGUCCCUGGAGGCUGUGAGAAGGAAGAAUCGCCCCAACCCUGCCGAAAGCGCCCGCCCUCCAGCUCCAGUGAAGACAGCCAGGAGGAGUGGCGGCAGUGCCAGGAGGCAGCUGUGUCGGCGUCGGACAUCCUGCAGGAGUCAGCCAUCCAUGGCGCUGGCACGGUGGAGAAGGAGGCAAAGAAGAAAAGGAAGUCGAAAAAGAAAGCCAAGAAGGUGGCGGUAUUCAUCACCACUGACCCCAGCGCGGCCACGGUCCAGAAGCAGAAGUCAGGUGAGCUCACCAGGGACCAGGUGUCGCUUGGAACCAAUAAGAAGAAGAAGGCAAAGAAGGCCAGUGAGUCCUCUCCAUUCCCGCCAGCAAAGAGUGCCACUACAGUGGUGCCUGCAAACUGAACCCAGCUGUAGGCACAGGGCUCAGCUCCAAUGACAGGGCUACAGGGCUCAGCUCCAAGGACAGGGUGCCCUGGGGACAAGGCAUUUUCAAGCCCCACCUCUCUCUCCAAGUUCAAGGACUGGGCUGGCAAGUCUAGACUGCCCAUGAGACCCUGAUGGUGAUGAGGGCUUGCCCGAGAGUCGGGCCAAAAAAGUGGCUGUGGGUGAGAAGCCCAAGCAAGGCCUGCCCUUCUCUGCUCCCAUGGGGGCUGGUGGGGGGGCGGGUCCUGUGGUUCCAGAACAUUGCAUGGCCUCAGGAAAAGGAGCCUUCCGAUUAUUUGAGACCAGUGGCCAAGUGGUUCCUAGAACUGUCUGAGGUGGGCAGGGGAAGGGAGACCUCUUCCCCUCACCACCUCCUUAGCCUGUUGUGAGAAACUAUUUUUAGAAAAUGAGAAAAGGGAUCCCAAGAUGCCAAGGCCCAGAGAAACUUCUGUUCUUCUCCCCUUAGCCCACGUAGACUUCACAGAAGUGUCUGAGAAAGGAAAGAUUUUUUUUCACCCCUGGCUUUCUAGAAUUUCCUUUGUCUGCAUUUGUGAAUAUACCACACAUGAUGGUGUCUCUGAGCCGACCAGAUUAUGGAAACUCAAUUGUCAGGGGACCCAAACAAAACUGAGAGUGAGUUGG